AUGAGGUUUGCUAUCAACACUUUCCAUCAACUUGGAGCAACUCCGGCCUACAAGGCACUCAAUAUCAACAAAAAAUACGUCAAAAAUGUCGAGCUCCUUGAUAAGGCCUACCUUCACUAUGUCCACCAUCUCAUGCGUCAACGGUUCAUACGGGAACAGAAAGCUCCGGGGAAAUUUGCUGCAGAUGAGAAAAGAAAAGUUAAUCAAAAGAAUCAGGAUCGGCUGUGUAAGGCACGCUACACCUUUGCAGUCAAGCACGGCUACCCCAGACGCUAUAUUGACAUCAUUGAUGAACUUGGUGCUCAUUCUGAUGACGAGUACUCGCCGGAACAUGGGUUUUUCAAGAUCAAAACACUCCCAUACCGUUUGAAGAAUGCAAGCAAAUUUUUCUGUUGCUUGGAUGUGGAGAUGAUGAAGGAAGAGAUUCUCCUUCCCAAACAAAGUUGA